AUGGAAAACACAACCAGAAGUCUGACCAACCAGUUUGUGCAGCCUCCGUGGCGCGUCGCGCUGUGGUCGGUGGCUUACAGCACGGUGCUGGCGGUGGCGGUCUUCGGGAACCUGAUAGUGAUUUGGAUUAUUCUGGCGCACAAGCGGAUGAGGACCGUCACCAACUAUUUCCUGCUGAACUUGGCUUUCUCCGACGUUUCCAUGGCCGCGUUCAACACGCUCAUCAACUUCAUCUACGCGGCUCACGGAGAGUGGUACUUCGGGCAGGUGUACUGCCGGUUUCACAACUUCUUUCCUGUCACCGCCGUGUUUGCCAGCAUCUACUCUAUGACCGCGAUAGCCAUCGACAGGUACAUGGCAAUCAUCCAUCCUAUGAAGCCUCGUCUGCCUGCCAAAGCCACUAUGGGAGUCAUUGUCUGUAUCUGGAGCCUGGCUGUGGUUCUGGCCUUCCCGCUCUGCUACUUCUCCACCAUCCGAACUCUGCCCCACAGGACUAUUUGCUACGUGUCCUGGCCCCGCAUGGCCGAAGACUCCUUCAUGUAUCAUAUCAUAGUUACAGUUCUGGUCUACAUACUACCCUUAGUGGUGAUGGGCAUCACCUACACCAUUGUGGGGGUGACGUUGUGGGGGAGUGAGAUCCCUGGAGAUUCAUCUGAUAACUAUCAAGGACAGCUACAGGCUAAAAGGAAGGUGGUGAAGAUGAUGAUUAUUGUAGUGGUUACCUUUGCCCUGUGCUGGCUGCCGUAUCACGUCUACUUCAUUGUGACGGGUCUCAACAAGCAUCUGAGCAAGUGGAAGUACAUCCAGCAGGUUUACCUGUCAGUGCUGUGGCUGGCAAUGAGCUCCACCAUGUACAAUCCGAUCAUCUACUGCUGCCUCAAUAGCAGGUUCCGGGCUGGUUUCAAGCAGGUUUUCCGCUGGUGUCCCUUUGUCCGGGUGUCGAGCUACGAUGAGCUGGAGCUCCAAAAUGCAAGACUUCGACCGUGUCACCAGAGCAGCGUGUGCACCAGCAUCCUGAGCAAAGACAAGAGCACUCGUGGAAACAGGUCAAAACCCAACUCUGAGCUGAAUAAUAAAGACAGUUAAGUUUUUGGUUUUUCCACUGAGCACUCCAGCUCAACACUGGAUUUUUUAAAAUUUAUUUUGAGUGGGUUUUUUUUGUUUGUUUUUUCUUCUGUGCAGCAGGAAGGGGCAUGCAGAGUGAGAGCUGUGACACACAGCUUGGCUGAAAAAGACACCUGUAUGCUGGUGGUUUAAAAAAUAUCAGAGUAGUUGUAGCUUCGCUGCUGAUUUGGCGUGUUUAUU